CACUCUAGGCGCGUUGUCAAAUGAUAGUGAUAGGCACUGGUGAUAGCUAAUGAUAAUGAGCUUGUGACAGCUCCUGCUCUCGUGAGCUUGUUUGAUGUGAACGUUUCUGUUGUACCGGCUGUUGACGAACAUGGCGGAAGAUCGUGAAGUCUUACGAGAGGUUUGGGACGGGCGCCUUCCGGUGUGCUUCAAGCUCGCCGAAGAGGAAGUAUACACAAUGCAGCAGCCUGAACCUUACUACCUGAUGAUUUCGAGGAUAAGCUACUUUCCCUUAGUGGUUGACAAGGUCCAUAAGCACUUCUCCAGGCACGUAGAUGAACGAUACCAUGGAAAUGAAAUGUGGCUCGAAUACAACGGUCAACCUUUGAAAUGGCAUUUACCAAUUGGUGUACUUUAUGACUAUAAUGCUAGUGACACCAUUUUACCGUGGGGUAUUACAGUCCACUUUCAGGAUUUUCCUGAGAAGCAAAUACUACAUUGUGGGAGUCGAGCCGUGGUUGAAUCACACUUCAUGUCUGCCAUUAAGGAAGCAGACAUGCUAAAGCAUCGCAGCCAGGUGGUCAGCACAAUGCAGAAGAAAGACCACAAUCAGCUUUGGGUAGGACUACUUAACUCAAAGUUUGACCAGUUCUGGGCCAUCAACAAGAAGUUCAUGGAACGCAUUGGUGGAGAGUGUUUCAAGCACAUACCUUUUCGGCUGUAUAUGCCGGAUGGCAGUCUUAUCCAAAGGCUAGUCACGCCACUGACACCUUCUGGGGACAAAGCAACCCUAGAGACCUUACUACAGCAAGUGGCCCCUCAGGUUCUCGUAGAAGGUGGAGCCAAACACACCAUCAUCACGCACGGGAUCCAGGUCCCUCUGGACACACCACUUCAGUGGAUGAGUGAACACCUCAGUUACCCAGACAACUUUCUUCACUUGUGCGUCAUGCUGUGCUCAUAGUGAAAGCUUCGAGUGCACAUAGUGAUAUUUCUCAAACUGUUCGGCUAGUCGGGGCGCUGGGGUAGGGGCGAUUUAUCGUGUGUGUGCAUAAGGGGUUUAUAACAGCUAAUAGGCACCUUGUGUGAAUUAUUUUACUUGAAUGCCUUGUUCUUUCCUCUAGACUGUGCAAACAUUUUGUAUGCAUAUAGUGCAUCCUAUCUGGUAUAAUUAUGAGUUGGGCUGUUCAAAAUAUAUAAUUCUUAUUGGUCAAGGUACAUGCUUUUCUUGUGAGCGUUACAGGAAUUUUCUUGUAUUAGCAAGUUUGUCAGUUUGCUCAGAGCACACCAGAAGUUCUACAAUGGGUGUAUUAGGUACUAACAAAGGUUUAUUCGAGCUCUUAAUUUAGUUCAAUGAGGCACACUCUUGUUGGGCUCUCAUUCCCAAGUGCAUAUGCUUAAAAUAUUGCUUGAUUCCUAUCAUACUCAGCCUUGUAGUGCCACCGAAGCAUAUUGAAACUAGUUAAUAGUGUCGUUGUGCUUGUUGAAAGUCAUUCAUUGAUCAUGUAAGGCACUGCCACUAAUGAAAGUAGGUGUGUCCUAACUUGAUUUUGGUGAAAUUUAGUCAUGUCACUCAUGUGCGUUAUCACCGUGGUGUGAUUUUGUCAAAAAUGAGUUGUCUCCAACUUUCUUGUUGUUACGCUAUGAGGUUGAUGUCCCCCCACUGUGGCAUGCCUCAUGAUCCUAUCUUGGCUGUUGCACCUGUUUUGUGUGUGCGCUGUUAGGCCUACUUACUUUUACAGUGCAAUGUCCCCAGCUAUACCUGGUCAAUUCUGUGCAGCUUUUGACAACCUCACUAUUACAGGAAUAUGUUAGAGCACUAUUCAUACUCUUAAAGCAUAGCUUAAUUUUCUUUAAAGUGGUGUCUGCAGAAUGUUGCAGUACAAGCUUGCAAGCAUUCACUGCUAGAGGCAAUAAUAUUUGGCUUCAAGGUAGUUAUUGGAUAGAUAUGCACAGCACAAGAAUGCAGCUCUAUUCAUCAUUGUUUUUGCAAUGGCGCAAGAAAUACUGUGCCAUAUGUAGUGCGUCGAAAUACUCAGUUUACAGUGCUGAAUGUGAAGCUUUUAGUGACCAUCUAACAGCAAGGCUUGCGUUGAUAACCUUUGACAAGUGCAAUGGAACAUCCUGCAUGGAGUAUGGACCCACACAUAAAUGAAGGGCAAUUUUGGGGCCGCACAGAUUUAAUAGAUUUAUCCGCACAUACCAAAUAACUAAUCUCAUUUUAAAUGCUUUGUUAAAUUUUUGACCAAUAUAAAACGAGAAGUAAAUUUGACGUGCCAACAGCCUGAACAAAGCCACAUUCUAUGUGGAAUUUACGGUAAGGGCAGUGUUCAAGCACACACGUUUUUAUUCAUAUGUGACCUUGUUUGUGUCUUUCUUCUGCUAGCUAUGAAAAGUGACUGUUUAGUAUGAACUAUUAUUUUAGAUCAUUACAAAAGUAUGCAAGAUAAUUGAUACAGUUAUGGCCAUAUGGCAGUUUAAUGAUUUAAUUAGAAAUUCGUUUUAAGGAAGUUUUGUGUCACUUGUGCAUACUUUUCCAUAAUUGUAAUGUGUUCAGUUUCAAGAUGACUACAAUGUGUGUGUGUUUGUGUAUACAUGACUUUUAAUAAUUUAUUAACAUUGAAGAAUUAGAAAAGAAAGGUUGUUCACAGUGCACAUUGUGGUUGUAAAAAUAAUAAAAACAAAAAGGCUUGCACAUUGGUAUGAGCCAAAUGAAGUGUUUCAACAGCAACUUCUCUGUUCUUUGCAGCUUAGCUGAGCUUUUCCAUUAGCAUUAGCUUUGUGAGUGCAUACAAAGUCAGAAAGGUUGCUUCGAAUCGCUUUCUAGCAUGCAGUUAUUGUUCAAAAGCUACAAGCAGGCAGCAAAGGCCAAUUACGUGGUACUGUAAUCACGAUGAAGCGACGAUGUUCCGCGCUUACAAAGGCCACAAAGUGGCUAAUUGCACCAAAGAAGACUGGCUUCCUAUUGUGUAUACCAAAUGCAUAUUUCUAAACUUUCCUACAUUCCUUAUAGAAUGCAUUAAAUUACGUGUACUGCAUUUUCA